AUGGAAGUCCGAAGACCCUCACGAGCCGGGAAUUCGUCCGAUCGAACGUACAAACGCACCUACAAGGCUUGCAUUCCGUGUCGCCAGCGGAAGGCUAAAUGCGACCUUGGUGAACUUCCCGAUGGGUCGCCUAUGGGGCCGCCCUGCGCAAAGUGCCGCAGGGAGCAAAGGCAAUGUGUGUUCAGUGAGACCAGAGCGUGGGAGAGAAAGAAGAAGCGAGGGUCCCAAGACGAUGCUGUCUCACCCCCACCAGGCAUUCGCCGAAGGUUGUCGAGUGGUGCUGGGCUGGAUGACGAGGAGCUGCAAGCUCGACGACGGGACCCGACGGCGGCCAACCAAAGCCCCAGGGACGGCACUCCAACAGCCCACCGACCAUAUACAACAAAAGACCGCCACACCCGCCAACAGUCGACGUCAACGUUGGACAACUCAAUGAUGCGUACGGUUGUAUCAAGUGGGAACGACGCACUCAAUAUUCUCUUUGAGGCUGCAGCAGCCCAGAGCCAGGAAGCAGGAUUAAACGAACAGGCAGAACAUUCAAGAGGUACAUCGAGCCAUGCACCUUGCGGAGAAAGCGGCAGAAGCCCUUUCGGUCAAAUGCAAUCAAUAGUGUCACCCAACAGUCUCGCUAGGGCGAUUCGUCCCAUUGAGUUAUCCCAUGCAGCAAACGAUGUGCUCAGUAUCUGGGAAUCUUGUCGAUUCGUGAUGAUGGGAUGGUUCACUUCUAGAGAAGCUGUGACCCUAAUUGACCUAUUUUUCAAAAACAUGUCUUCACUUUCACCGAUAUUGACCCAUUUCUAUGCGGAUCACAGACAGCAUCGCGAACUUAUCACCUGCGACCCCGUUCUUUGUUGUACAAUAUUGAUGCUUUCCUCGCGGUAUCAUAUCUUACCUGGUCCAGGCGGCGAGUCAAGAAAUUUCUUCAUUCACCACCGCCUCUGGCAGCACUGCCAACAGCUGGUUACACGACUCAUAUUUGGACAGGAGAGGGCCUCAAACUCGAAGCUACGCAGGAUUGGCACAAUCGAAGCCCUUCUGCUGAUGUCUGAGUGGCAUCCUCGGUCUCUCCACUUCCCCCCCGAGAGUGAUGGGUGGGACUCUGAUCUAAUCAUAAAACCUCCAGAACACCAAGGGGAGGACAGAUCGUCUAAAAACCGAUUCCUGGAAGAUAUGCUCGAGCCAGCUAGAAGAUCAGACCAGAUGUCCUGGAUGCUCCUCGGAGCAGCUUUAUCUCUUUCCCACGAGUUAGGCAUUUUCGAAACCGACAACGAAAAACGGAGCUGGUCAUCCGGGUAUGAAGGAUUUAUUCCCAGCGAUCAAAUCAAACUCCGUCGGCAACGAGUGCAGAGGCUCCUCUACGUCUAUAUCAACCAGUUAGCUUGGCGAAUAGGAUGUGUUUCGCUUAUGCCACAAAACUUGAACCAUGCUAUUCUAAGCCGGCAGACAUCCAAAGACCUGAAGCAGUAUAGCGUGCAGUGGUUAGAAUUCAUGGAUUCAUGGAUCGAUCUAACAAAGCUGGCAAAGUCUGUGACUGACAUGUUCUUUCCCUCGGUUGAGUUUGCCAGACAGCAGUUACAUAACGGGCGAUAUAUUGACCUCUUGGACCACUUUCGUCCGUUGCUACUGAAGUGGAAGGAAGAGCAUCUGCGCCCUGAGGCACUCCAGAGACAGUUCUAUGAUACUCUAUUUAUUGAAUACUACUUCGUCCGAGCAUAUACCCAUUCAAUUGGAAUGCAGGCGGUGGUGGAGCGUGUGCUCGCGGAUAGUGAGCCGAGCAUUGGAGAAAUCCGCGGAGCAAAUAUAGACCCCGUGGACUAUGAGUAUAUACAAGAAGUGAUAGAAGGGUGUUGUCAGAUCUUGCAGAAAGUGACCGAACUAGGUGAAACUGGGGCUUUGCAGUUCUCGCCUGUUCGUAUCUUCCUUCGGAUCACAAGCUCUGCUAUAUUCUUGAUGAAAGCUCUAAGCCUAGGAGCGCGACAGGCCAAACUGCGCGAAUCUCUAGAAAUCCUAGAGCGCUGUAUACAAGCUUUGAAGUCUAGUGCGUUAGAUGACAUCCAUUUGAGCACUCGAUAUGCGUCUCUCCUGGAAACCCACGUCUCACGCCUGCGACGAAAUCUGCUCGCUUCAUCCAAGGCAGUGAGGACCAGCCAUGGGUGUACUACGCGUUCUUCAAUGGCCCCUCUGAACACCGACACUGAAGGCAGUACCCCAACAAUGGACGUCCCAGCUCCUCAACCGAUACCCGAUUUAGGCUUUGUUACGUCGUUCAACGAUCUGGCCGCCGACGACUGGCUUUCUUUACCCUUCGACCCCUCCAUGGCCCCAUUUGGAAUUAGUGACGGGGGCCAAUUUCCAGCGUAUGAAGGUGGUGCGUUGAACUUUAUCUGGAAUUUGCCUUCUUGA